AUCUCUCUCACGACGACCGACAUGGACGAGACGGAGCAGUCGCAGUGGGACCUCGUCGCAGGUCAAUGGAGUGGAGCAGAGUCUUCAUCCUCUCGCUCUUCUCUGGCCAAGGAGGUGAUCGAGGGCAACUAUUGUCGGGUACUUCGAUCCGAGACGGCAAAAGACCUCUUGAGACCGUUUGCGAGUGCUCUCGGCAGCUGGCUCUCCUCGGCAACUUCCUCGGAGGUCGCCCCUCUGGACUUUUCCAAGGUCCGUAUCUCUGCUGUAGGGCAGAGCGGAAGACAGGAGGAGCUUCAAGCGCUGGCUGUGGCUGCUGCGGCACUCCAUGCCUUCAUCCAACUCAACUGGACAGGGCCCGACCUCGAGGAAGGAGCGACACCCCUCGUCACCCUACGGAACCUUCACCCAGACGUCUUUCCACCCCGAUCCGUAUCCGAAGAUGAAGCUGAAGACGAGUCAAGGCUGACGCAAAGCAUCCACAAUGCCAGCCUCGAGGCACUGACGUGGGCCGGUGAGCCGGCAUACCACCUCUGCGCUGAGCCCUUCUGGCUCCUCUUUUCCAAAAGGAUCCUUGCUGCGCUCCAGACGCACUCGCGAGAUGGCGCCCAAGGCGAACUCGAGACCUCGGCAUGGUGGAGACUGAGGGCCGCAGCGGUGCACAGCAGGAUCCUCGACACGCCCGUUCCAGUCGGCCAGGAGGUGAUGGCCCCGCUCGCACAGCUGCAAGAGCGAUUGGAGAAGCUUCGGCUAGAGGGAGGAGCAAAGGAGACAAGAUGGAGGCUUCUAUCUGCUCGCCUCUUCACUGAGCGGGGCUUGGCGUUGCAAAGGGUCGGUGCAGAUCGCGAAGGCGCACUGCUCUUCGUUGAGGCGGCCAAGGCUAGCGGCUUGAGGUACGAGGUCACCGGCGCGCUAGGGAAAAGAACCAAGUUCCAGAAGGAGGAAAAGACGAUUCUUGUGCUGGCUGCCAAAUCACAGGCGAAUGGAGAAGACGAGAAGAACUUUGAAGAGGACAAAGUGGAGAAGGAUGAGCAAGAUGAGUUGGAGCAAGAGGAGUACGACGAAGGGCCGAGCGCCUUGCCAAACGAAAAAGGCUGGAAGUCGGCUCCCGAUCCCAACGCUGAAGCUGGCAUGCCUGCCGAGUUGCGGCUGAACGACGACACGCUUCUGGAAAGGACAAAGUUCUCUUCAAGCGCGGUGGCGUCCUCAUCUUCCACGCCCUUGUCGAGCAUCGAUCCAUCAAAACCCUCCGUGCUACACCCGCUUGACUCUUGCAUCCUCCUCGCUCUCUCCCUUAACAUCGACAACACGUCUCCAAAAAAUGGUCUGACGGCUUCGGAGAUCUCUGCCUUUGUCGCCCGGGUACUCAGCCACGCCAGAAAUUGGUCCGUCCACACCAUGGCUCUCCUGCUGCGCAGCCGUCUCGAGGCAUCACGAACGCGGACUGCCGAGAGGGCCGUGCUGCAGCUGCAGGCUCUUUUGGACCAGAUGCCGACCUCGGACUCUACGCUUCAAGAACGGAUCCUGUACUUCCACCAACUCGACCUUCCCUCCAAGUGGGAGAUGCAGGCAGAGCUGGCCAAGCGUUAUGCGGCUCUUGGCGUCGUGCGCUCCGCGCUGGAGAUCUUUGAGCGCAUUCAGCUGUGGGAGCACGUCGUUCAGUGCCUCGGCGCUCUGGGUCGGCAGACCGAGGGUGUCGAAGUCGUCCAGGACUUGCUCGAAGGUAAAAAGACGGAGGCUGAGCACGCAAUAUCACAGCGGAAGGCGACAGGUAACGAGCAGCAGACGACGGCAAAGACACGGAUGAAUGCCGCCAGAGAGGCAAAGCUCUGGUGUCUUCUGGGGGACAUGCAGAUCGACGAGGCUCAGAAGCACUAUCGAAAGGCUUGGGAUGUCUCUCGUUCAUCUUCAGCUCGGGCUGCAAGAUCACUUGCCGGCGUCCUCUUUGCGGUGGAUGACCUCGAAGCGACCGUCUUGUGGCUGAGAAGAGCUCUCAAGAUCAACCCGCUCUACACACGGUCCUGGUUCAUGCUAGGUUGCGCGUACAUGCGCCUCGAAUCGUGGGAGGAGGCAGCCAGGUGCUUCAGGCGAAAUACAAACUUGGACGACGAGGAUGGGGAAGCCUGGAACAACUUGGCCAGUGCCUACCUUCGACUUGGUCAGGGCGGGCAACGCAUGCUUGACGAGGCCCUCGAGGCAGCCCGACGGGAAGAGGCCGAUGAGCAGGCCGUCCUGGCAGGAUUACAGGAGAACGACGAUGAAACGGCCAGCGAGCACAGCCAAGACUCGGGCGUGGCGGUCAGCAGCAAUGACAGUGACGCUGCCACGGAACGCGGGCAGGACUCUGACGAGGAAGACGAAGCAGCGGAUGAAAGUCGAACGAGGAGAGCACUGGGCUCGUCGACGUCACAAUCACCAUUCGAGCUCAAGAUGCUGGCCCAUCGUGCGCUGGCCCGCUCGCUGAGGCUGAGCCACGAGGACUGGCGCAUCUGGAACAAUUACAUGAUUGUCUCGGUCGAUUGCGGCCUCAUGGGCGAAGCAGCCAGGGCCAUGAUUCGCGUCUCGGAGAUCAGGGAGGCCAAGUCGAGCCGAAAUGGCACGAAGCAAACAGACGAUGAGAUCGUCGACAUACAGGUCCUAAAUCGGCUCGUCGAUGCCGUGACUCGCGCCCCGAGCAAAGAAGAGGACGCCGUGGAGGGCGAAAGCGCCAGGCCCGAUCAAGCGAACCACAGCGCUCACGAAGGUCAUGGACUAUACCCAAGGGUUCUCGAGCUCUUCAAGGAUCGACUCCUGGUCGCCAGCGCCUCAUCGACGGUCCCCGCCGUCUGGCGCGCCCAUGCGAGAUUGAUGCUGUGGAGAGGCGAAUUUCGGGCGGCGCUGGAAUCGCACCUGAACGCAUGGAGGGUGGGGCGAGGGUCCGAGGCCUCGUUGGACCGGCUAGAGACCGGCGACCAAGGCCAGCAGGCGGCGUUUGCAGAAGCCGUUGAUGAGCUCGAGGAGCUCUGCGAACUGCUGGAGAACCUGGGUCCAAGAGAGGUCGAGGUCGAGCAAGGGAAGAAAGAGCCUGCCAUGGCGAAUUGGGCGUUCAAAGCUCGGAGCCUUGUCCGGGGUUUCCUGGCAAGGACGAAGGAAGCGCAUCAGGACGGACCAGGGUGGGAGCGCUUGGAGUCACUUCGAGAAUCUCUCAAGCAAUCGUAGUGAUAUGUGCAAUUAGAGCUUGAUUUCCUUUAUCACAUUGCAAACAAAGGAAGAGGAAGUCUUUGGUA